UGGCAAUGCGAAACGGUGGUAAAACACCAACCACAACAAGGUCAAGUUAGGAGUCGCAUGUAACAAGUGCUGCUCGACGGGAAAAUGGAAGUUUUCUAUCUCUUAUGCUCAAUCCUGUCCACAUUUUUCACUUCCCUCGCUCUCUCUCUCUUCCUUCCCUUCCGCUUCUACUUCACGCGCCACCGUCCUCAUCCUCCACUCUCCACCACCCAAGUUGAAGCUGUUUCUCUCUACGAAGGUACUGUAUGGCACGAGCGUCGCCGCCCCAUCCGCCAUUCUUUCCGGUACUCCGUUCGCUACGCUCUUUUCGACCUAGAUCACGCUCCCAACACGCCUCCCGACCACCUUUCCGUCGAAGAGGCUCGUAGGUUUACCAAAACUGACGGCCCUGUUUUUCUGCUAACAAUUCCUCCAAGCGUGGGGUACGAACAGAAUCCAUUGAGCAUAUAUUAUUGCUAUGAUUUGGAAGGAAACGCUAAGCUUCUGAAGAAGUGCAUUGCUGAGGUAACUAAUACCCCCUGGGGCGAAAGAGUAUUAUUUGUUUUCGACCCAGAUUCUGAUUUAGUGGCAAAACCAUUGCAUGUCAGCCCUUUCAUGGAUAUGCUCGGGAAUUGGAGCCUUAGAGCAAAUGCUCCUGAUCAAAAUUUACUGGUUACAAUUUCUGUUCAACAUCCUGAGCUUGGUGAUUAUUUUUUCGCCACCUUGAAAGCCAAAAGAGUCUCUCAGGAAUCAGUGCAUGACCAUGCACUGUUUUUCUGGUUGAUGCCUCAUAAAGUUGCCCUGUGGAUAUACUGGCAUGUAAGUCGAACUAAAAAGUGCUCAACUUUGGCUCUAAAGCUAUGGUGGAAAAAUGUGUCAUUCAUACAACAUCCGAGGUACACUAAGCCGUCAUACAGAGAGGAAGCUUCGAAUCGAAAUAGGAAACUGCUAUGCUGUCCUGGAUUAAGAUGGAACAAAGACAAACACAUGCAGGUUGGAGGAAGUGAUUCGGUAACCGAGGUUGAGACAGAUCAUGAGGAACGAUGUUUUGUAUGGAGAGAUGCUAAGUGGCCAUGGUCUUGAAUACUACAUGAGUGAUGAGUGAGCUUUCCCUAUCAUUUUGAGCCCAUUAUGCUUUAUUACAAACAAUAUCGAGCUUGCAGGCCAAACAAAAGAAGGAAUAGUGUUCUAUUCGAGACUGGUGUUGGCUAUUGCAAUAAGGUAAUUAAAUAUCAUGAACCAAGUCUAUAUAUAGGUGGAGAUAUUCCCUUGAAGAGCUUAAUUGAGUA